AUGGAGUAUCUUAUAUUAGGAGAAUCCAGGGUUGAGAAAGAGAUAAACCGGGCAAUCCUAAGUGGAAAAAUUGAAUCCCUUAAACCCAAUUCGGGUCUAGCUGUUUCUAUUGGUGACCACUACAUAUGUGUCGGGUUUCAUGAGGAUACGGGUUCCGAUUAUCGGUAUCUUAUAUUACGAGAAUCCAGGGUCAAGAAGGAGAUAAUCCGGAUAAUCUUAACUGGAGAAAUUGAAUCCCUUAAACCCAAUUCGGGCCAAGCUGUUUCUAUUGGUGAGCACUACAUAUGUGUUGGGUUUCAUGAGGAUACUGGUUUGGAUUAUCGGGUUUGGGAGUGGCACGGUCAUGUAAUGCUGUUUGAUGAGGAAAAUGGGUAUACACCUGAGUACAUUUAUGGGAAUUAUUUUGAAGGAGUUAAUGGUAAGCUUAUGAAGAAGAAACAAGAAGAGGAGAGCGAGAAAGUUCGGAAUUUGGGGUUAAGAGAGUUGAUAGAAUCGGGUGAAUCGAAUACCGAGGGUCGGAUUCUUAGGAGAAAUAUGAAUGCUAGCGAUACAAGGUUUAUAUCGAAUCACCCUUUUUUCGUCUUUUAAUUCUGUUAUAGUUUCUACUAGUUCAUUUGCAUCUUGUUUGUAUGGUGUUUUGCUUGAGUACUGCAUAAAUGAUACUCGAUUUGAAUUAGUGUUUCUAGCUUUUGCAUGAAUAUCAGGAAUUGUUAAGAUAUGUUUGCUUGUUCUAAAUAGAAAUAUUGUAUCUUAUAUUAGGAGAAUUUGUCAUUUAAAAGUCUAUGGCAGCCUCAAGUUCUUAGAUAUGUUGUACUUUUCUACAUCAAUAGCCUUUUGAUUCAAAGUUGAUAACGUGACUCGUUGAAGCACCCAAGGGCGUGACCUUGUGAUCAAUGAAGUGGGUUGAGAAUCAUGAGGUCUCAGCUUCUAAUUUCAUCUGUCCAAACCUUGGUGGACACAGUUAACUGAUACCUGUGCUGGAGAAGUAGCCAGUACCUGGUACCCGUGGAAUCAAUCGAGCUGCAUCCAUGUUGGCUGGGACACCAGGAUUAUCAAGAAACAAAAAGCCCAUUGAAGGAAUUAUGUUCUAUAUGUUAGGAUCUUUAGCAGCGUACUGCUCUAAAAUGUGACCAUUAGCACCAAAAGAAAAGAUUGGAUGGUGAAUGAAUUUUGUCUUCAGAAGCCAGGGCGACAAUGAAAUUCACCCUGUCAAAUUCUGGUGCAUAUUUUGGGAGUAGAAGACUGUCAACGGUCAAAACACUAUAAAUGAAAAUCCACCAGUUUCUCAAAAAAGUUCUGUAUCUUAGUUCUAGUUGACUUGCUGUUAAUUAAAAUGGGGAGAAGCUGUUAUCUUAUGUCAAUUUUCUGCAAGAAGUAGAAUUAGGAUUUAAGGCUAGCAUACUACACAAGUAAUCUAAUACAUUUGAAGAGAAUGUGAGCAACUAGCUACAUAACAUGUUAUCCUCGGCAUUAUGGGGGAUGCUUUAAAGUGCCAUCCUAUGAGCGUUAAGCCAGCAGGAUUUAGCUUAGGAGAACUACAGGUAUAUAACUAUAUUAUGCAGCACUUUGUUAUUUCGACAUGCACUGUUAACCAGUGAACAGUGCUGAAGUAAUGCUCAUCAUAAUAGGCGAUGCUUUAAGGUGCCAUCCUAUGGGCGUUAAGCCAGCAGGACUUGGCUCAUGAGGAAUAUAACUAUGUUGUGCAGCCCUUUGUUAUUUUAACAUGCUCCGUUAACCUCUGAAAUGUGCUGAAGUAAUGCUUUUCAAUUUGAACUCUUAAUAUGAUACAAGGACAGCACACACAGUUUGCUGGUAGCAUGUUAAAAAAGAGUAGAUAGUAAUUUGCGCUUACGAUUUAUAGUCUUGUUUGGCCAAGCUUCUAAAAGCAGCUUAUUUUGAAAAGUAUUUUUGGUGAGAAGCAGUUGUAUUUGGCAAAUCAAUUUGAAAAGCACUUUGAACAGCAAUUAGUAUUUGGACAAGCUUUUAAAAAUUACUUAUAAGUGUAUUUUCUCAAAAGUGUUUUUUAAAAAUGUUCUUUCGGGAAAAGCUACUUUUUUUCAACUUCUCAAAAAACAGCUUUUGCAUCUACUCAAAGCACUCUUUCUUCUCCUGAAAGUUUGGCCAAGCAGGCUAUUAGUGCAGUGGAUACUCUACUUUCAUGGAUAAAGUACCUUUAGAUGUCUCAAAAUGUCACAUUUCGUGCAAAAUGCAUUUGAUAUGACUACAUUAGUGUGCUGCUCCUCCCCAUACAAAAUGUGCAUGCCAUGCAACAAAAUGACAAUGUUGCCUUACAUGGGUGGUGCUCAACACUGAGAUGGCCAAUUGUAGUAGCAGGUCUCUUUGUUCACUGACUCAUAAUGGUGAGCAACACUGGAGGAUUAGCUAGCACACAGUUCAUAAAGAAGAAGCUACAUAAAUGUUCUGGUAUUCAACAAGCUUCGAAGUGUGAAACAUUGAUUUUUUAUAAAUUUUAAUCUAACCCUUUGCUUGUAAGAGCAGGAAUGGAUCUAGAAAUGUGUUUUG